AUGUCUGAAGGCUCCCUUUCAAAUUCACAAGAUACUAACAAUGAUAAAGAUUUAUUAUCAAAUAAUAAAGUCAUUCAUGAGAGGGAUUCUUCAAAAACACAGAUAGAAAGCGAUGUAAAUACUACGCUAAACGAAGAAAGUCCAACUGCAACUUUAGGAGGAGACAUAAACACUUCCACUUUAGAACUUUCAGAUAUUACUAUACAUGUUUGUUCAAAUUGUGGUGAGCCUGCACAAUACUUAUGUAUGGCUUGUGGACAGUCGGGACCUCGUUAUUGUUCUCCAAAAUGCCAAACUGAAAAUUGGACUAAAGGACAUUCCUCAGUAUGUAAAGCUGCACAUGCUGGUCAACUCUCGAAUGUAGAAAGUGGUGGUGAAGGAAGCGUUACUUUAAGUAGAUCUAAUAGUAAGGUUUAUGCACGUGGACAAAUUGCACAAAUAAUCAAUAAAAAAGGAGGAAAUCAAAAUUUAUCAUCACCCGCCACAGAACCAUCAAUUACGAACGAGAGAGCUUCAUCUACAGAUCAAGCUAAUUCAUUUGAUGAAAACCAAGUAGAUGAAUUUAGAUUUUACAUGCAACAAGUUUAUAGAAUUAUUAAACCUGUAGUUGUUUGUAUUUUCUUAUCUGUAUUUUGGGUCAAGUUAUCAAUCCUUGCUCCAAGUUUUCGACCAAAACACGCAACUCAACAAUUUAUUGAUAAUUCAGGAAAUACCGAAUCUUCUCAAUUUUUUAAUUCAUUCUUAAUAGCAGCAAUUAUAAUAGGGCAAAUUAUUGUUGUUACAAUAAUAAUAAUCCUUAUAGGUUUCUUUAUGGUUGUGGUACUUUUACUUCUUGGGUUUAUGGGAAACCUUUUAAUGAUGAGCAUUUUAGAGGUGUUUCAAAUUCCAAUGGAUUAUAUUACACUUAUUUUUGCAUUGUGGAACUUUGCUGCCGUAGGACUUAUUUCUGUUUUUUGGAAAGGACCUCUGUUAUUGCAACAAAUAUAUCUGACUAUUAUGUCAAGUUUGAUGGCAUUUUCUCUAACAGGUUUAUCAUCAUGGACCACAUGGAUUUUAUUGGGGUUGUUAGCUAUUUGGGAUUUGAUUGCUGUGCUUUGUCCUUUUGGUCCCCUACGCAUUUUGGUUGAAAGCUCACGUGAUGAUCAGAGAGAGAUACCGGCAUUAUUAUAUUCUGUAAAUGCUGUAUGGUUAAUGGCAUCACCUGGAAUUUCUAACCAAUUUACAUCAACAUCAUUUAAUUCGUUACGAUCAUCUGCAUCUUCAUUUCAGGCAAGGGAUCCUAGCACUCAUACUGGCGAAGAAAUUCCAUUAUCAGAAAACAUAAGAUAUAAUCGUGAUAAUCGAAAUGUUCUUGGUGAAGGUGAAGUUGAGGGCGUAUUUAUCAAUGCUAACAAUGUGAAUGAGAACUCGAGAGGACAGUCUCUUACAGGUCAACCAACGCAACCGAAUGAUGAUUCAUUGGACGAUGAAGAAGAGGAAAAAAGUGGAUUGAAAUUAGGGUUAGGUGAUUUUGUAUUUUAUAGCGUCCUUGUAGCUCAAGCUGCCUUAUUUGAUUGGAUAACAACUGUAGCUUGUAUAGUCGCCGUACUAACGGGACUUAAUACAACUAUAUUUCUUCUUGCAAUUUAUAAGAAAGCGCUUCCUGCAUUACCAAUUUCAAUUGCUUUCGGGAUGUUCUUUUACUUUGUUACCCGUUAUACUUUAGUUCCAUAUGCACAGUUUCUUGGAUUAUUUUUAAUCGCCGUUUGA